AUGGUUAGUCUCGCAGCCGAGCUUGCUCUUGCAGGCCUGAUGCUUAGCACUGGCUCCCUCAACACUAUUUCCAAGAAAGUUAUGUACCAGACAAGCGGUACAACAAUUGACGGCGGAAUCGAAUUAUAUAGAAAGCCAUGGCUUUGCACUUUAGUUAUGUUUUGCGGUGAAUCAAUGUGUAUGUUAUUCUUUUAUCUCUUUGCUCUCUAUUUCAAGUGCACAAAGAAGAAAGUCGAAGAUGAAAUCAUUUCCUCAGUUUCAGAAGUCAGUGACAAGCCAGCUGAGCCAAAAAUUCAAUUUGUCACACGUGAAGAAACCGAAUCAAACCCAACAGGUGGCCUUAACUGGAAGUUCCCGUUCUUUGUAACAUUAUUUGCUUCCUGCGACCUUCUUUCCACAACAUUCACAGGUAUCGGCCUCGUCUACUGCAAUGCCUCCGUUAUUCAGAUCCUCCGUGGCUUCGUUAUCGUUUUUACCAUGCUUUUCGCUUGGGUUUUCCUUGGCCGCAAGCCAAAGCUCAACCAGGUCGUCGGUGUUCUCUUCGCCUUACUCGGCUUGUGCAUGGUCGGUGGCUCAGCCGUCGCCAGCGAUGCUACAAGUGGCAAAGAACAGCAUUCCGUCAUGGAUACACUCCUUGGUAUCGGUUUGACCCUCUUAUCCCAGGUUUUCUCCUCCAUCCAGUUCGUUUUCGAGGAGAAGCUCCUCAAGGGCGGCCAAGUUAAGCCAAUUCCAUCUUUAUUCCUCGUCGGCUCUGAAGGUGUUGCCGGCGCCAUCUUGUCCAUCGCCGUUGCUCUCCCAAUUGUCAACGCAAUCCCAGGCAAGGACCACGGAUCCUACGAAAACCUCAAGAACUCCGUUUACAUGUUAUUCCACAACACACAGAUCACCGUCUUACAAUUCUUAUACUUCAUUUCCAUCGCCUUCUUCAACUGGUCGUCAUUCGUCUACUCAAAGGCUCUUUCGGCUACAGCAAGAACAUUAGUCGAUGCUUGCAGAACAAUCGUCGUUUGGGCCACAAUGGCUUCGAUCUUCUACCCAACACACCACAAGUACGGUGAGGGCGUGACCCUUUGGUCUAUCCUUCAGGGCUGCGGCUUCGUCAUGAUGCUCCUCGGCACAACAACACACAACAACAUCGCUGGUGUUGGCGACAAGGUUACUGGUUGCUGCAAGAAGGAGGAAAAGUUGGAUCCUCAACCUCUUCUCAAGAAUUAA